ACUAUCGAUGGUAGAAGCGAUUAAGGAACAUGCCAAUAUAGAUUUUUCCCAAAUAAAUAAUUUAGAAGAAGCCUUAGAAUUAGUCAAAAAACAUAGUUUAAAAUUAGAAAAAUUUCAAAAAAGUAUUGGACAUGUUGUUUUGGCCUUUUUUGAGGAAUAUGUGGAAAAAAAAUUAAUUCAACCGACUUUUAUUUAUGAUUAUCCCAUUGAAGUUUCACCAUUAGCCAAAAGCAAAGUUGAUAGUAGAAAUAUUGCCGAUAGAUUUGAGUUGUAUAUUGGUGGAUUAGAAUUUGCCAAUGGUUAUAGUGAGUUAAAUGACCCCAUCGAACAAAAAAAAAGAUUUGAAGAACAAACUAAACAAAAAGAGUUAGGGAAUGAAGAAAUUGCUAGUUUUGAUAAGGAAUUUAUUGAAGCCUUAGAGUAUGGUAUGCCACCAGCAGGAGGGUUAGGGAUUGGCAUAGAUAGAUUAAUCAUGUUAUUUACCGAUAAAAAUAGUAUUAAGGAAGUGAUUGCUUUUCCGCAGUUGAAAAAUAAAGAAAAAAUGCAAAAUUAA